GCCCAUCAAUUUGGUUUAAGGCAAACGAUUUUGCCCUAAUUUCUUCAUCUUAAAUAAGGCUGAUAAUUACCCAUCCUGUGGGAUAUCUGUGAGGAUUAAAGGAGAUCAUGCAAGCAAAACAAUCAGUUUACAGCGGCUGGCAAGGAGAAAUCACUAGAUAAAUGGUAGCUUUCGAAUAUACCUAUUAGUGAAAUAUUAUUGAAUUGUAUACCUAUUGAGUUAUUUUAUCUAUAUAAAUACUAUCCUAUUGAAACGUUGCCCUCUCUCUAUAACUUUCAGCUGGUGACCAACUUUUGCAGAAGUAGAGGAAUAAGUUCCUUUUGGACUCCCGGUCUGGGCUGGAGGAAUAAGGCACGAACUACAGUGGGAAAGGCACCGGCUCAGGAAAUCACAAUGUGGCCAUGGCUGAGGUGCACGUGAUUGGGCAGAUCAUGGGGGCCACCGGUUUCUCGGAAAGUAGCCUCUUCUGCAAGUGGGGCAUCCACACAGGGGCAGCAUGGAAGCUCCUGUCAGGCGUGCGGGAGGGCCAAACACAGGUGGACACCCCCCUGAUAGGGGACAUGGCCUACUGGUCCCAUCCCAUCGACCUGCACUUCGCCACCAAAGGCCUACAAGGUUGGCCCCGACUCCAUCUCCAGGUAUGGUCCCAGGACAGCUUCGGCCGCUGCCAGCUUGCAGGCUACGGCUUUUGCCAUGUGCCCAGCAGCCCAGGCACCCACCAGCUGGACUGCCCCACAUGGCGGCCCCUAGGCAGCUGGCGGGAGCAGCUGGCAAGGGCCUUCGUGGGUGGCGGGCCUCAGCUGCUGCAUGGAGAUGCCAUCUACAGUGGGGCUGACCGCUACCGCUUGCACACUGCCGCCGGUGGCACCGUGCACCUUGAGCUGGGCCUGCUGCUGCGCCACUUCGAUCGCUAUGGCGUCGAAUGCUGAAGGACCCUGUAUGGACCGCUGGCCCCCAGCCAUAUCUCUGGACACCCAGUGAGGGGCAGGAUGGCACAGGAGUCAGAAGCGUGGGCUCUGGAGACUGUCAGACCUGACCCCAGCCAAGGCUGGUGUGGCUUCUAUCUUGACUAGCAUCUCAAGCCCAGUGGCUGCCCCUCCCAGGUCCAGUUUCCCCUUCUGUAAAAUGGGGGCAGUAAAUGUGUGGGCUCACAGGGGUUGGGUGCAGAGAAGCUGUUGGCACAUGGAAGGACUCAGUAAAGGAGAGCAGUUCUUUCAGAUGUG